GCUAAAUGUAAAUGGAGGGAUGGUGGCUGAGAACGGACAAAUGAAGAGCCUUUAACGUAUGACUCGUCCCAAUCGAAGCAUAUUCUUUUUAGCCUCUGCAACAAUAUUUGACUAAGUGGAAUGGCUGCAACAGCAGGUGAUCCAAAAAAGAACCAAAAGAACUUUUUACUACUCUGACAAAAUAACCUCACAAACUCCAGAUGCUCAUCAUCGCAGCCAAAUGCAACACUUCAAAAACCAAAUGUGGAGAAAUCAGUGGUACAAUUUUGUUCCACAGCUCUGCAGUGACGAAUCGAAAGUCUGCCGGUCCCCAAUGACUAUUGCUGAGGCCUGGAGGAGGGGGUACACUGGGAGGGGUGUCGUGGUGUCCGUCCUUGAUGAUGGCAUGGAUGGAGAGCAUCCAGACCUGAAACCAAAUUACGAUCCUCUCGCCAGCUUUGAUGUGAACGGACAACACCGACAUCCUUCUCCAAGUUAUUACGAGACCACUGCAAACUACCAUGGGACUUGGUGUGCAGGGAUAGUGGCCGCCGCAAACUACUCCCCGUGCACGAAGGGAGUGGCUUUCCGAGCACGGAUCGGCGGUGUCCGAAUGCUGGAUGGACUGGAAGAGGAAGUGACGGACAUCGUGGAGGCGCAGGCGCUGAGCUUCAAACCGCAACAUGUUGAUGUUUACUUAGCUAGCUGGGGGCCAGAAGAUGAUGGUGCCACUGUGGAUGGACCUGGGCCCCUGACUCGCCUCGCUUUGCAGAACGGCAUUGAAACAGGCCGACACGGGAGGGGCUCUGUUUAUGUCUGGCCGACGGGAAACGGCGGUCAAAAAGGUGAUCACUGCUCGUGCGACGGCUACAGCAACAGCAUCUACACCAUUUCCAUCAGCAGCAGCAUCCAGCGCAGGAAUGGGGCAGACUAUCAGGAGAGGUGCUCGUCCACGCUGGCUACAGCCUCCACUGCAGAGGAGAUUCCAGUGUUGGCGCCACAGCAGAGCUGCAGCACAGCUAAAUCCGGGUCGGCCCUCUCGGUCUCCAUGGCUGCCGGGGUCAUUGCGCUCGCGCUGGAGGCAAACCCUCUGCUAACCUGGAGAGACGUGCAGCACAUCAUUGUUCUGACGUCAGAUGCUCGUCGACUUGUGGCGGCCGACUGGCGCAAGAAUGGCGCUGGACACAAAGUGAGCCACCUGUAUGGCUUUGGCCUGCUGGAUGCAGAGAGUAUGGUAUUGCAGGCUAAGCGAUGGAGACGAGUCCCCUCACAGCUUAUGUGUGUAGUGGAGGCGCCCGCUCACUUAAACAGAAUAAUUCCUGCAGGCCCCGUCUUGACAUCUGUGUUGGAGACAGCUGGCGGCUCCAGAACAUCCAAACAGCACGUACGAUAUGUGGAGCACGUGGUGGUGCGUGUCACCGUUGCUUGCAGUCGCCGUGGCGACCUUUCGAUCACGCUCACAUCACCUUCGGGCACCGUGUCGCAGCUUCUAGACAAAAGGCCUCAUGACAACUCCACCGAGGGAUUUCACAAGUGGGAAUUCAUGACAACUCACUGCUGGGGGGAGCAGGCAGCUGGGGAGUGGACCUUGAAAAUCCGUGAUUCUCCCUCUGAAGGGAGAGAAAACUGGGAAACAGGGAUGCUGAAGGAUUGGUCUCUGGUGAUUUAUGGCACCGCAGAGCCUCCGUAUCCUGUGCAUCGCCGGCGAACGCGGUCGGAUGAGAUGCCGAAGGAUGAGGACUUCACUGAAGAAUACACUGGACCCUGCGACCCAGAAUGCAGUGACGACGGUUGUGAAGGUCCCAGUCCCAGGCAGUGUGUCAUGUGCUCCCACUUUUUCCUUAAAUUCAAGAAUAACACAUGGAUGUGUGUGUCAGAGUGUCCUAGGGGUUUCUGGGGGGACCGGCGGCGUUGUAAGCGCUGUUACUCCUCCUGUGAGAGCUGUACAGGAAGUCGUAGUAAUCAGUGCACCUCCUGUCAACCCGGUAGUCACCUGACGGAGGGGACCAACACCUGCACUGCUAUCUGCCAGGAGGACUAUUACCUGGACCAUGAUGCAAAUAUGUGCAGAAAGUGCAGCGAGAACUGCUUGAGGUGCACCUCCUCCAGCGUCUGCACGGAAUGCAAAGCAGACACGAGUCUGCGCGGGAACCGGUGCCAGCGAAGCUGCGCGCCAGGAUUCUACCACGACGAGGGGGAGGGCCUGUGCAAAGCUUGCCACCGGGUCUGCGCUGCUUGUGCAGGUGCAGGCGUUGAGGCGUGCACACAAUGUGCGCAAGGCUACUUAAUGGAGGAAUGGAGGUGUGUUCCCUCCUGCAGUAGCGGCUUCUUCGCUACGGAGCCAAACCGGGAGAUAGCUGAUGGGCACAGGAUGUGUAGGAGGUGCGACGCCAGCUGUCUCACCUGUAUCGGGCCGAGCCAAGCCAACUGCAGCAGCUGUUCUAGCGGUCAUAGCCUGCAGGAGGGGGAGUGUGUACUCAACACGGCAUGCGCAGAUGCAGAGUACCAAGACAUUAAUGGCCAGUGUCACCCAUGUCAUCCAACGUGCCAGAAGUGCACAGGGCCACAAAAGUGGGAGUGCAUCAGCUGUUUUGCUUCACGCGCUCUGGACGAGGGCCAUUGCUUAACGGAGUGCGCCAGGGGCAAGUACCAGUUGGGUGGGCGGUGUCACCUGUGUGAUCACACCUGUGCCACAUGUGUAGAGGCAGGGCUUGCCAACUGUACCAGCUGUGACACUGAUAAGUUUGGAAUGGAGCGUUACCUGCACGGAGACCGCUGUGUGGACACCUGUCCCGAGGCAUUCUACCACACCAAGGAGAGGAGCUGUGAGCCCUGCUCGGACAACUGCAGGCUCUGCACAAGCUCCGUGCACUGUCUCAAGUGUAACUCCAGCUACUAUGUCUCUGAGGGUGCUUGUGCCAAGCUGGAGUGUGGAGAAGGAGAAGUAGAAGAUCCAGAUUACAGCGACUGCAUGGCUUGCGAGGAGGGUUGUCGGCAGUGUGUCUUGUAUAACCCCAGGCAUUGCCUGUCCUGCAAAGAAGGCUUUUACAAUUUCCAGGAUGGCUGCUACAAAAACUGCCCUGCUAAGACGUACAGCGUGGAGUACGAAAUGACCUGCAUCCCAUGUGACGACAACUGCGUGAGCUGCGACCAGCACGAGUGCUACUGGUGCGAGACUGACCUCUUCCUGUCAGAGGGGAAGUGUGUGUCUGUGUGCCCUGACGGUUACUACGGCGAUGAAGACACUAACGACUGCGAGGAGUGUCACGCAGACUGUGUGUCGUGCAGCGGCCCCGAUAUCGACGACUGUGAGUCCUGUGAAGAGGGCAAAACACUGGAAAUUGGACAGUGUGUGUCUUCCGAUGCCGUCUGUCCCUUUGGGACGUUUCGCAACGAUGAUGGCGAGUGUGUGGAUUGUCACCCAUCCUGUGAGUCCUGCUCUGGAGAAGACAAGAACCAGUGUACAAAAUGUGCAGAAGGACACUUCCUGGGCCCUCAGCAAACAUGCGUGUCCAAAUGUCCCGGAGCUUUCUUUGGCGGCCGGCUGAGCGGCGAGUGCGAGCUGUGCCCCGCUGGCUGUUUGCACUGCGUGGACUCUGAGCGUUGCACCCGCUGCCUGAGCCACCCGAGGGCUGCGUUCUUCCUGCAAGACGGCCAGUGCGUUCAGCAGUGUGUCAGGGGUUAUCCUGCUGGCCAGGUGUGUCGAAGUUGCACGGUAGGUUGCGCGUCCUGCGAGAACAACUCCACCUACUGCCUGAGCUGUGAGGAACCUCUGUUGCUACAAAACCACCAGUGUGUGGACCGGUGUCCUCUGGGUCACACAGUCCAGGCCCACAAGUGCCACCGUUGCCCCCCAGCCUGUGACGAGUGCAGCCCCCUUGAGGAGUGCACCGCCUGUGAGGAGUAUCACUUCCUCCAUGAAGGUCUGUGCGUGGCCGACUGCCCCGACAGCUUCUUCAGCGAUAAUGAGAGACGGGAGUGUUUGCGUUGCCACCCCGACUGUGAUUUGUGUGACGGCCCCAACGAUAAUGACUGUGAUGCUUGCGUCGACCCCGGGGCCAUUCUGUACAAUGGAGCAUGUGUGCCUGCCUGUCCUUCUCAUACCUUCAUGGACGCCGCGACAGGAGAAUGUAAAGACUGUGAUGCCUCCUGCUUUACCUGUGUGGGCCCCUUGGCUGACUCCUGCUCCAGUUGCAAAGAGGGCCGCAGGCUGGAGGAGGGCCAAGGCCGCUGCGUGCCAUCAGCCGACGAGUGUUCGCCGCAUCAGUAUCCCGACAAGCGCGGAGAAUGCCACCCUUGUCACAAAUACUGCCACGGCUGCUCCGGUCCGGGGAAGAGCCACUGCUUGAGCUGCAAGCAGAGACAUCUCCUACUCAAUGGCACCUGCGUCGAUCAAUGCCCGCCAGGUUUGUACGCAGAUGAUUUGCGUCACAAAUGUGUACCGUGCCACCCGAGCUGUCAGUCCUGCGUGGGGAAGCACGGUCACGAGUGUCAGACCUGCAAAGACCACCUUUUUCGAGACGGAAAAGAAUGCGUGGAGACGUGUCGCCACAGUCACUAUGGCAACACAGCCUCCAGGGAAUGCGAGCCGUGUGACCCCAGUUGUGCCGAGUGUUCCGGGGGUGGGGCCGGCGGCUGCCUGAGCUGCGCCCUGGGUCUGGUCUACUUGCAGCGAGAAGGCCGGUGCCUCGCCUCGUGCCCUCAGGGGUUCUACGAAGACGCUGGGAACGCAGCCUGCAAGCUUUGUCACGCCAGCUGUGCGUCAUGCUCAGGUAAGAGUUCUCACUCCUGUGACUCCUGUAGACCAGGUUACCUCCUGUCAGGCGGGACGUGUGUGUCUGUGUGCGACACGGACAGGUACCCGCUAAUCAAGGGCUCCAGUCACACCUGCGAGGACUGUGAUAGUUCCUGCCUUCAGUGUCGAGGACCCGGCCCGGCCAACUGCACCCUGUGUCCCGCGCAGGCCAUCUUAGAAGCCGGGGGGCGCUGUCUCCUCUGCUGCCGCCAUGAGGAUGAUGAGGGAGCGGUGACAAGGAAGGUGCAGGACUGUUGUAACUGCACGGAAACGAGAGGUGAGUGCGUCCUCAGCACCAACUUGGCGUUCCGGAACGAGGAGGAAGAAGAGGCCAGAGGAAACCUGGUGGUCUUCAUCAUCGCCUGCGUACUUCUGGUGGCCGCUCUAGUCGCUGCCAUCUUCCUCAUCCAGCACUCCCGCUCCAAGAGGGCGCCUUCGGAUGCUGCGCCACGCGGUUACGAGAAGCUGGGCUCUGGCGGCGGCCACACCAGCUCCUCCUCCUCUGCCUCCUACGGAGGCCGCUACAAAGACACUCAGCUCGUCGACUUCCGCGAACGCUACUCGGCUGGUAAAGAUGAUGACGACGACGACGACGAGGAGGACAUUGUCUACAUGAGCCAGGAUGGAACCGUGUACAGGAAGUUCCGCUACGGACACCUGGGAGAGGACGAGGACGAUUUGGAGUAUGACGACGAGAGCUACACUUAUAGGUGAAGCAUCAGCUUAAGAUAUUAUACACAAGCCACCAUUAGAUUUGUUCUUUCAGAUGCCGUCUCUCAUUUGUGUGUGCUCCCCAUAUACAGGCGUGUGUUGCUUGGUUCUGUUUAUAAAUAGGUUGCUUCCCAAAACAGCAGCACCCACCAAAGCUCGUAAACACACACACUCUAAACAUAACCUUAAGCAUGUAUGCAAAGAUGGUGUGUAUUAUGUACAUUUCAUCAUGUUAUUUGGUUUUCAAAUGGCAUAUAUUGUACUGCUGUAAAUACGCGGGGCGUUUACAUGACAUUUUUAGACUUUAAUAAUGGUUUGGAGUGCAUGAAAAAGUGCAAACGUCGCUCUCCCUGUGACUACAUUUACGAACAAGUAUAUUGCACAUCACAGCUGCAACACAACCAAUGUUGUAAUCGUGGUAGGGAGAGAACUGCUGAGCCAGCAUGAGUUAAUCUACAUCAGGAGGUUGCCUACAGCCACAGCCAAUGUUUUUUGACCUGGCACUAAUCCGAGACCCCAGCGGUGACUUGUGUCAGUAGACCACGCACCCGGCGACCAUAGCAGACUUGGCGAUUAAUGAAUUUACAUAUGUUGUUUAAUAUUAUUAUGAAAACGCGCUUGCAAAGCCUCAUCCAAAAUAAACACCAUCCCGCUAAAAUAUGCACCUAGGCCGCUACAUGAGGAAAUAUGUGAGUUGUGUGUUGUAUUUGUUUCUGCAUCCGCUGGCUUACAAAUUGAAAAUGCACUAUGUGGACAGAAGUAUCAGGACAGCAUUUCACCUACACCAGUUGAUUUACUAUGAGGUGUGUCCCAAUACUUUGGUGAACGGUGUAACCGAGUUGAAUAAAGUUUCAGGAAAAUCACAUCACACGAUUCACUGACUCGUUCACAGUUUACCGGUCAUUUCUAAGACUCAAACAUCACAAAACGUUCAGAUACAAGUCUGUUUAUUAUUCUUGAACUACAAGUCACGAGUGACCAUCGUUUGUGUGUACAUGGGAUCAUCAUUUCACUAUGAGGAUACAUGCACUAAUGCACAAAGGCACGCACACACACCUAGAAGAUAUUGUGCUUAAUCCUCAUGAUGACAUUUACUGUUUUUUCUAAGACAAAGUGACCAAAAACAUCAACUCCAGUAGCUCAUCACUAGAAGGACAUGCUUGUUAUUUUUUGUCCUCUAUCAG